GGGAAUUUAAAUUAAAAUAAACAAUUUUAAAGUUCUAAACAAAUUGCUCUUAAAAAGUGUUAUAUUCAGUAAGUAAACACUAAAUUUAUUGUUUAUUUGUGUAAUUAGGUAUAAUUAACAGACUCGCUGCGCUUUAAUAAGGCACAUCGUACAAGAACUUCCUUGCGUAUUCGUUUGUUUAUAAUAAUUGCACAAUUUGCAAUUCAUUUUCGCAAUGAUAAACGUCGGAUUGUCUUCGGUUAACAGUUGUGAUUAAAGUGAGGUUAGGUGUGGUACACAUUUUAAAUUCGUUGUUAUUAAGUGCCAAGGGAGAUGUGGAGAAUACGCCAUUGCAAUCAGCUAGUUAGGAAAUCAAGAAAUUACAAGUGCAAGUCACAAGCUGCCACAGUUCAGAAAAGUCUUGAAAAUAAUGCUUCCGAUAUUGAAGCCUUCCACCCUGGUGCUAACAUUCACGGUUUUGUUGUGGAGGACCUUCAAAAAAUCAACGUUUUUAAUAUUACAGCGUUACAUUUAGUGCAUACACAAACGAAAGCAAAGUACAUCCACUUGUACAGGGAUGACAAUAACAAUGUCUUUUCGAUUAAUUUCCGCACAACCCCCAUGGACAGUACAGGUUUGCCUCACAUCUUGGAGCACUUGGUGCUCUGUGGAUCGGAACUAUACCCCGUACGCGAUCCCUUCUUCAAAAUGUUGAAUCGAUCACUGGCCACUUUUAUGAACGCCAUGACCGGAUCCGACUACACCAUUUAUCCGUUUAGCACACAGAAUUUCACAGAUUUCCAAAAUCUGCAAAAAAUUUACCUUGAUGCCGUUUUCCGCCCCAAACUGAAUAACUUGGAUUUCAUGCAGGAGGGGUGGCGAUUAGAAUACUCGGAUCCGAAGGAUCCCAAUUCGAAUUUAAUAAUUAAAGGUGUUGUGUAUAACGAGAUGAAAGGCGUUUACUCGGAGAACGAAAAUAUUUUCGUUCAGAAAUUACAAAAUUUGAUUUUACCCGAUCAUACUUACGGUGUUAUUUCUGGUGGUGAUCCUUUAGUUAUUCCCAGUCUGACUUGGGACGAUUUGAAACGGUUUCAUCAGAAAUGUUACCAUCCCAGUAAUGCCAGAUUUUACUCUUAUGGCAAUUUUCCGUUAAGUCCGUCUUUGGAGUACAUAAAUAGUGAGUAUUUGUCGAAGUACCAAUAUAGUGAACCCUCGGACACGAUUGUACCGUCGCAGAGUCGCUGGUCGAAGCCUAAGAAGCAGCAUUUCCUAGGUCGGUUCGAGAAUAUGCGGGAACCUUUUGAAAAACAAAAUAUUUGUUGUGUGUCUUUGCUGAUGACCGAUGUUCUCGAUGUUUAUCAGACUUUUUUGCUGCAAUUUAUCACCGAGUUGUUGGUGAAGGGGCCAAAUUCGCCCCUGUAUAAAGCAUUGAUCGACAGUAAUUUUUCGGGAGGCUUCACCACAUGUACUGGCUUUGAUACGCAACAGCGUGACACCGUGUUUACAGUAGGGUUGCAGGGCCUGGAGAAGGGAGACAUUGACAAGGUCGUAACUCUCUUUGAUCAAACAAUUGGGGAGGUUAUUGCCAACGGGUUUGAAGAAAAACACAUCGAGUCUGUGUUGCAUUCUUACGAGUUGAGCAUUAAGCAUCAGACUGAGAAUUUCGGGUUGUCUUUGUUGUUCGGGCUCACACCGAUUUUAAACCAUGAUGGUAGUUAUUUUGACGUGUUAAAAGUUGAUGAGUCAAUGAACCGUCUUAAGACGCAUUUAGCCGAUGACAAAGAGUACCUACAGAAAGCUGUGAAGACGUAUUUCGCCAGCAAUACCCAUCGGUUGUCUCUUUCUAUGGGCCCUGACAAGAAUUACGAGCUGGAGCAGCAGAUUUUGGAAAAGAAGUUAAUUGAGGAUAAAACCAAGAACUUAAGUGGCAAGGAUAAGGAGCUGAUCUACACCAAAGGAUUGGAACUUCUCAAAGAGCAGAGCGAAAAGCAGAACACUGACUUACUACCAAGCUUGGAAAUGAAGCACAUUAAUAGCGAACUCGAACAUAUCCCCACCUUAAAGAUGAAAAUUGGAAAUAUGCCCACCACCAUUUACUCGGCAAACACCAAUGGUGUAACUUAUUUUAAAGGUAUACUAAGCACCAACGACUUAUCAUCCGAACAGCAAAUGCUGCUGCCGUUAUUGUGCUACAUACUUCCCAAAAUGGGUACUAAAACAAUGGACUAUCGAGAGUUUGACAGUCUAAUGAGGCGCAAAACCGGUGGCCUACACUUAAGUCCCCACAUUGGAGAUAGCCUAUUUCUUCUGCACUCCUAUGAGCCAGGAGUUUUGUUAACCAGCUACUGUUUAGAUGAAAAUGUGGAAAGCAUGUGGUACUUGUGGAACCAACUGUUUUCCAUGCUAGACUUGAAAAAUAUGGAUCGCUUCAAAACCCUCGUGCAACUCUACAUGUCCAACCUAACGCAAGGGCUCGCCGACUCCGGCCACAUUUACUCCAUGCAAGUCUCCGCCGGAUUAGUUUCUGGAGCCGCUCAGCAAAAGGAGCUUCUAAGCGGCCUCCACCACAUUACUUACAUGAAAGGUCUAGUAAAAGCUGAGAACUACGAGCACCUCUUACUAGACCUCAACAACUUAGCAAAACUAAUCUUUGACAAAAACAAGAUGAGGUGCUCAUUAAACAUCUCGGAGAAGAACAGAUCGACUAUUGUUCCAACCUACGAGACGUUCAUCAACAGCUUGCCCGGCAACACCUUCGGAAAACCGAACGAGAACACUUUCCACACAAACCAACCUUCACCUUUGAAAACCGUGAGAUGUCAGCAUCACGUCUUGAAUAUACCCGUAUACUACUGCAGCAAGGCGGUACUCACCGUCCCGUACACCAACCCAGAAUUCGCCAGUCUUCGCGUUCUCGCCCGCCUUCUCUCUUCGAAAUACCUGCAUCCCGAACUCAGAGAGAAGCAGGGCGCCUACGGAGGCGGUGCCCGUCUUUCCACGAGCGGUGUAUUCUCAUUUUUCAGCUAUCGCGAUCCGCACUGCUACCAAACUUUAGAAGUGUUCGAUCAGUGCGGGCAUUGGUUGGAGAGGGAAAUUGGAAAUAUAUCGGAUCAGGACGUGCUCGAGGCCAAAUUGGGCGUGUUUCAAGCGGUGGACGCGCCCGUGCCUCCCAGUGAAAAAGGCGCGAAUGAGUUUCUUAGGGGGAUAAGUCCGGAUAUUUUGCAGCAUCAUCGAGCUGAAAUUAUGACCGUGGAUGUUUCCGGUUUGAGAAAGGUGUCUGAAAAGUAUUUUAGCGGCGAUAAGGUUAUUGCAAGCAAGGCAGUUUUGGGGCCUAAGACAGAAAGUGCAGAUGCAACCAAUCGGGAAGGAGAGUCAUGGACAAUUCUCCAAAGUGAAUAGAAAAUUUAAUAAAAUUUUAUACUUGUUGAAGGAAUCUAAAUAACAUUGUUGUAAUAAAGACGGUGAAAUAAUAAAUUAUAAUUAUAUAAAAAGCGAAAAAAAUUGAUUCGGCUUCAAAGAAGUACCAAUA